AUGACUCCAGUGGCGCCGGAACAAGCAAAUGCAGGCAAGGUGUCGGGAUGUCAAGGGGGCACCAAGUCGUACCUCUGGCACCUUCGGCUUAGCCUCAUAGGUCAUGAUGGACUCAAUUGCAUCGUGACGAAGGAGACUGGAAUUGGCAUCGACAUAUCUUCGGUGAAGAAGUGGGACGUGUGUGAAGGUUGUGCUCUAGGAAAACAGACUCGAUUGUGCUUCCAAUCGAACACUACAGCUCGCACCUCCAAACUGUUCGAAGUGAUUCACAGCGACGUAUGCGGACCGAUGUCGAUGGCAACUUUCAGUGGAAAGCGGUACUUCGUGACAUUCAUCGACGACAAGUCAAGAUACUGUGUCGUGUAUCUGCUCAAGAGCAAAUCUGAAGUUGCGGCGAAGUUCAUGGAAUACGCUGCUAUGGCUGAAACGCAAGCCGGAAAGCGCGUGAAGUGCCUUCAAAGCGACAGUGGGGGUGAGUACAAGUCCGACAAGUUGGCACGAUUCUGCGCGGAACGGGAGAUACAACAAAGGCUCACACCCUUAGAUACUCCUCAGCUCAACGGAGUAGCUGAGAGAAUGAAUCGAACGCUUGUCGAGUGUGCGCGCUGUAUGAUGGAACAUGCUGGACUGGGAAAGAGCUACUGGCGUGAAGCAGUGAUGACGGCGAUGUUUCUUCGAAACCGCUGUCCAACACGUGCCACCAAGACAAGCCUCCAUAUCAAGUUGCCCCAAGACAAACGCGCGAAGUUCAACUUCAAGUCAUCACUCUGUCUUUUCCUGGGGUACGCCGAGCACCAGAAGUCAAAUCGAUUCGAGGAAGUGUCAACAGGAGCUCUCAAGAUCAGUCGCGAUGCCACGUUCAUGGAAGACAAGUUUGAUGAAGGUCCGCGCAACUACAACGAUGAGUCAAGUGCCGUUGAGUUUGAUGAUCAAGACGACGGCGAAGAAAAAGAAGAAGGUAAAACUGACGUCGACAUGAACUCGAGCAACGAUGACGACGAAGACACCAGGUCUUCGAAGAGUGACAACAAGAGAAGCACGAAGCACGCGCCUCAAUCACUUGAGAAAGCUGUUCAAAGGUGUGAAUCUUGA